GUUCUUCGGACUUACACACACUCCACACUCACACUUCUUCUUCUCUCCAUUUCUCUGACUCUGAGCAUGCAAUUGGCCUUGGUCUCAUUGCAUUCUCUGGGAAAAUGACGAACAAGGGCAAAGGAAAAGGCAAGGAGGUCGCCGGAAAAGGUUCUGCCGGCAAGCGCAAGGGCGUCUUCCAGGAUGACAAGACCGGUAGUGGCUGCAAGAGAAACAACCGAAGUGUCCUUCAGUUCUUCGAAGACGCCGCUGACGUUGAAGAGAGCGAUUUCAGUGAUUUCAGCGACGACGACGACAGCGAUUUCGAUUUUUCUGAUGACGAAUUAAAUGCCGCGCCAAGAAGGAUGGACAUGCCAGAUAAGGGCCAGAGUAGCCUCCCACGUGUCGUCCCUAAAGAGGAAAUGUUGGAUGAAGAAGAGUGGGACAGAAUUUUGGAGGAGCGCUACAAAGAUCCAUCUAGGUUUAUCAGAUUUUCUGAUGAGUUUGGUGAUGAUAAAGGGAUGGACCCAAGUUCCAUACACGAGGGUGUCGAUGAAUUAACGCCAAGCAUUUGGAAAGUCAAAUGCACUGUUGGCCGGGAGAGGCUUUCAGCUCUUUGUCUGAUGCAGAAGUUUGCUGACUUGUAUUCAUUGGGUACUAAAUUAAAGAUAAAAUCUGCAUUUUCUGUAGAUCAUAUGAAAGGAUUUGUGUACAUCGAAGCCGAGAAACAGUAUGAUAUAAAUGAGGCAUGCCAAGGGAUUCCCGGAAUAUAUGUUACUCGAGUGGCACCUGUACCAAAUAGUGAGGUUUAUAAUCUGUUCUCUGUUAGAAGUAGAACCCCUGAAAUUUCUGAGGGCAUGUGGGCUCGAAUAAAAGGUGGUAACUACAAGGGGGAUCUGGCACAGGUUGUGUCUGUGAACAAUACCCGGAAAAAAGUUACAGUGAAGCUUAUUCCAAGAAUUGAUCUACAAGCCUUGGCUGCCAAAUUUGGUGGGGGAUAUAGUCGCCAAAAAAUGGCUGUACCGGCUCCAAGAUUAAUCAGCUCAAGUGAACUUGAGGAGUUCCGACCACUCAUCCAAAUCAAACGUGACCGUGAUACUGGCAAGGUUUUUGAGGUUCUUGAUGGUUUGAUGCUCAAGGAUGGGUAUGUAUACAAGAAAAUAUCUCCAGAUUCAUUAAGUUUAUGGGGUGUUGUGCCAACAGAAGAUGAACUGUUGAAGUUUGGGCCUUCUGAAAACAAUGAAUCAAAUGAUUUAGAGUGGCUCUCUCAGCUUUAUGGUGACAAGAAGAAAAAACGGGUUAUAAGACCUGAGAAGGGAGGUGGUGGGAAAGGAGAGAGUUCAUCAGGUUCUGGUGUGGGAAAUGGUUUUGAACUUUAUGAUUUAGUAUGUUUUGGUAAGAAGGACUUUGGUGUAAUAGUAGGCAUGGAUAAAGAUGAUAUCUACAAGAUUCUAAAAGAGGGUUCAGAUGGACCUGAUGCUGUAACUGUUGAUCGACAUGAAAUUAAGAGUGGGCUAUUUGAUUUGAAACUUACUGCCCUAGAUCAGCACAGUAAGACUAUAUUGGUUAAUGAUACUGUCAGGGUGCUUGAGGGUCCAACUAAGGGUAAACAAGGCAUUGUUAAACACAUUUAUAGAGGGAUUGUCUUUUUAUAUGAUGGAAAUGAGGAAGAAAAUGGAGGUUACUUAACUUGUAAAUCUAAUAAGUGUGAGAAGGUCAAGCUUGCUGUUGGUGAUUGCAGUGGAAAGGAUAGUGAACCGGGUCCUUUAGUCUUUGAAGACCAACCAUCAUCACCAAGAUCUCCCUUGUCACCAAAAAAACCAUGGCAAGCAAGAGAAAAUAACCGUGAAUUUAACCGUGGGGACAACAACAACAUGUUUACUAUUGGUCAGACGUUGAGAAUUAGGAUAGGUCCUUUGAAGGGAUACAUUUGCCGAGUCAUUGCCUUGCGUCGUGCUGAUGUUACUGUGAAACUAGAUUCUCAGCAGAAGGUUCUUACAGUUAAAUGUGAGCAUCUUUCUGAGGUUCAGGGGAAGAGUACUGCCAUUUCAUCAAGUGGUGAUCCAGAUUCAAGUUCAUCUAAGCCAUUUGAUAUGCUGGGUACUGAAGGCAGCUCUGGAGGUUGGCUGAAUGGAGUGGGAACGUCCACUGGGGCUGGUGGAUGGAAUGCUGGAGGGGCAUCAUCCACUGGGGGUAGUGGAUGGAAUGCUGGAGGGGCAUCAUCAACUGGGGGUGGUGGAUGGAAUGCUGGAGGGGCAUCAUCAACUGGGGGUGGUGGAUGGAAUGUUGGAGGGGCGUCAUCAACUGGGGGUGGUGGAUGGAAUGCUGGAGGGGCGUCAUCCACUGGGGGUGGUGGAUGGAAUGCUGGAGGGGCGUCAUCCACUGGGGGUGGUGGAUGGAAUGCUGGAGGGCCGUCAUCUAAAAGGGAUGCAGGGUCUAAUCAUUCUGCUCCAAGCUUAUUGAAUACAGAAUCUACCUCAAAUCCAUUCAGUUCCAAGGGUGCAGAAGAUUCUGCUUGGGAAACUAAAAGUAAUUCUAAUAAGACCUCCUCAUGGGGUGCUGCAGUGGAUAAGACUGGAAUUGCUUCUGAUGCAGAUCAGUCUGGUGGCUGGGGAAGUGGUGGAGGGAGCUGGGGUCAGGCAGAGCAUAAAACUGGAAGUGUGGGUGAUGGCAAUCAGAAUAGCAAUUGGAAUACAACCAAGGCUUCUGAAGGGGAGUCUUCUGGUUGGAACAGUAUCCAAAAGUCAAAUGAAACUUCAUCAGCUGGAUGGGGUGGUGGCAAUGGGUUUAAAAGUGGAUCAGAUGAAGGAAACUUGAAUUCUACUUGGAGUGGCUGGAAGUCUGGAUCAAGUGGAGUCAAACAAGCUGGGAACACUGCUGGUACUUCAGAUAUUGAUGCUAAUCAGGAUGCUGGGUGGAAAAACAAACCAAAUAAGGAUGGGAGUGAGUCAUCUGGUUGGGAAACAAAAAACAAUUGGAAUGCUCCAGUCUCUUCAUCAAAUGAUAAAGUGGAAAAAGGUAAUGAUCAAGGUAGGUGGAAUGCAGGAAAAGCUUCAGGUGGUUUGGCUGCAGAUUUCAGUCAAGCUUCUGGUUGGAAAGGGGGGCUGAGUGAGCACACCCAAGAAGGUUCUAAUUGGGGCGACAAGAAAUUUGGUUCAUGCGAUGUAUCUGGUGAUUCCAGUGGAAAUCAGGGUAGUAAUGGUUGGGGUCAGAAAAGCAAUUGGAACUCUGGAUCUAGGAGUGGGAAUGAGAACCAGAAUUCUCACUGGAGUUCUGGGCGUAAUGAGCCUGGAAAUCAAGAUUCCAACUUGGACAAGAAAAGCAAUUGGAACUCUGGAAACAGUGGAAACCUGGCUUCUGAUCCAAAAAGUAGCAAUUGGAAUUCUGGAUCUGGUAAUUCCAAUGAAAAUUCCAACUGGGGAACCAAUGUCAAUAACAAAUCUUCAUGGGGUACUGGAAAUGAAAACAAGAAUUCCAGCUGGAGUUCUGGGCAUAGUGAUCCUGGAAAUCAAGAUGCCAAUCAGGGCAAGAAAAGCAAUUGGAACUCUGGGAACAGUGGUAACCAGCCUUCUGAUCCUAAUAGCAAUUGGAACUCUAACAAAUCCUCUUGGAGUGCUGGGAACGAAAACAAGAAAUCUAAUUGGAGUUCUGGGGAUCCUGGAAAUACAGAUUCUAACUGGGGCAACAAAAAUAAUUGCAUUUCUGGAUCUGGUGAUGCUAAUCAAAACACGUCUUGGAGAAGCAAUAGCAGCUGGAACACUGCAAAUGCCUCAAGCGAUGAUGGUAAUGAAGGUUCAAAUGAAAAUUCUGAUGGAGUAGGUGGUGGGAACUGGAGAGGUGGUUACCGGGGUAGAGGUGGCUCCGACAGAGGGGGUUUUAGAGGUAGAGGUUUUCGGGGUAGAGGAGAGCGUGGCGGUUUCGGUGGACGAGGGGAGCAUGGAGGCUUUGGUGGCCGAGGGGAACGAGGAGGCUUUGGUGGUAGAGGUAGAUCAGACAGGGAAGGUUUUGGUGGUAGGUGGGGAUCAGAAGGAGGACGUGGAGGCCGAGGCAGGGGAAGGAACGAUCAAUCUGGUGGUUGGAACAACAGAAGGGAUUCUGGUGAGGAUGGGCCCUCUGACUGGAAGAAGGGGGCAGAUAAUGGUGGAUGGAAGAAUAGUAAUGGAUCUCAGGCUUGGAACCAGGAUACUGGUGACAAGGAUAGGCAGAGCUGGAGCCAGGGAAAUGCAGAUAAGGAGCAUCCUAGCUGGAACCAAGGAAGUGGAAGAAAUCAGAGCUGGAGUUCAGCAAGUGGAGCUAAUGAUAAUGGAUCUCAGGCUUGGAACCAGGGGAAUGCAGAUAAGGAGCAUCCAAGCUGGAACCAAGCUGGAAAUAAGCAGAGCUGGAGUUCAGCAAGUGGUGGAGGUAACAAUAAUUGGAACAACAAUGGGUCAUCGCAGACUGCAGAGGCUAGCUGGAAAAAAUCUACAACUGAAGGGACCAAUAUCCAGGGUGGUGGGUGGAACAAGGGAUCUAGUUCAAACACUACUUCUAAGGACUGGGGUCAAUCAAGUGCUGCAGACAAGGGUCAAGCAUCUAGUUGGAAAGAAGCAGCAGAUGGUGCAUCAGGUUCAUGGGGCAAGAAAAAUGACGGGGGUGACAAAGGUGGAUGGUAAUUGCUUUCUUGAACGUGCUAGAUGGGCCAAAGAAGGGAAGAAUUGAGUUCGGGCAUUUUGUAAUUAAUGGCAAACCUUUUUUCUCUUUGUAAAUCCGUAUAAAUCUGCGCAGAGACUUUGUUUUUAAAUUGUUCUAAACAGAUCUGAUGAAUGACUAAUCCUCUCUUCCGUGUUAUGCAUGAAUGUUAUGUAAUAUGCAGUGUCGUGUUACAAUUUCUAAUCUGUGAUUGUAUGGCUUGCUGUGCUUUCCUA